GAGGAGGUCUUCGCCUAUUUAGAACGGCGUCAAUUGAGGUAUCGAGUAAAACCACUUACCUUCAGAACACGUACGAUACCAUUUAUAUGGACAGUUUCAACUGCUGGUCACACAGUAACGACAACAACAGCGAUUCAAGAUAGACAACAAUAGUUUCCAACUUUGGCGAAAAACAUUCACUGCACCAACGAUGUCUUCUACGAAAGGACAAAGUAUGAAUUAUUUAUCUCCGCCAUACGCGAACUCGGACUGCGGCAGCCUACGAAGCUGCUCGUCAAUCUGUUCAUCGAUUUCAUCAGCAGCUGGUGUAGGAGAAGUCUACAUCAAUGCCGCUUACGAUAAUUUGGAAAGUGGCGAUGUGAUUUCGAGUUCAAACCAUGAUUAUGAAGACUUGCAAAGUAUAAGAAAAGAGCUUCCCGCCCAGGGCAGAAGAAGCAGGACAAACGAGCUUUAUGAACCCACCGGGCGAUUGUCAGAACGCGCCAGACAAAUCAAGAAUGGUUUAGACGAAGAAGACUUACAGAGUAUAAGAACAGACUUAACAGAAUUACCUGCCCAUGGCCACAGAAGCAGGGACAACGAUCUUUAUGAACCAACAGGGCCUAGGAAGCAUCGCGUGAGACAAAUUACAGAAUGUUCAGAUGAUUCGAACGCGUCAGUCUCGUUCACUGACGCGUUUCUCUGGAAGAAGGAUAGUUGCCUUAGCAAGUUGAUCCUUUGUCUUAUUCUAGCCUUCUCUGUAGCCGCCUUGGCACUAGUAAUUUUAAUUAUCAAUGGCACAGUGGGUCCCAAGUGUGGAUGCAAGGAUCUUAACUCAGGUAACAAAGGUGAUGCGCCAAGUACGGGAAUGCAAAGCGUGUCGGUGCAGAAUUUGCUGAGACGAAUUCAAGAUUUGGAGAAUAACAUGUUGGCCAUGGAAGCUAAAAUGAAAGCACGAGACAAUGCAGUGGAAAUGUUCGUCACAAAACAUGAGAGUCAGGUCGAAGUCCUGAAGGCUCAGGUCAAUGAGACUGCCAACAAGGUGGCCACUGUGGAUGGUGUGUGGGUAAACAUGACCAAUACACACCAUGCCUUUGAGAAGAAGCUUGACACCGAGUUUAAACAACUAAAUAACUCAGUGAAGGACCUCAAUAAGAAUGAUAAGGAGAUAAUAUCAACAGUGAAUGAACUGCGUCAAAAUCAGAUUUUAACAGAGAGGAUGAGCGAGAGGUUAGCCGUCAAUGUUACCGAACUGGAGACACGAGUUCAAGGGCUGAGCAAAACCAACAGUAACAUCAGCAGCAGUGUAGCGCGUUUGGAGAAAGGAUAUACCGAGAUGAACAAUUUGAUGAAAGCACUUCAAGCAGUCGACGGUGCACAGAAUGCUUCACAUCAAGACCUUCAGUCUAUGCACAACCGUUUAAAAGAAUCUCUGACUACAGUUAAUGCAACAAUGAAUGAAAAGCUAAAUGCUCUUGGCUCUGACAGCGGCAAACCGGCUGCAAACUUCAGCAUGUGUAAACACACACUCACAAAGGGGGCUCCUACAACAGCCACUGAGAAUUCCGGUUUGUCAGAAGCUUUUUACACUGAGCCGAAGAAUCGACGUGCUAUGGGGAUAACGUGUUCUACUGAUUACGCUAGACAUUACGAACUGACUGAAGUAUCAGAAGGAGCAUUCCGUUGUUCGUGCACAUCUUUGUCUCCAGCUUUCGGUAAGAACAAGAACAAGAUGGCGUGCCAUAUCCAUGUAUGGGAAUGUCCGAUUUGAUUACUUUGGAACAAAUAUUUGUAAUCUUCAAUGACCCUCAGCGUAUUUCUGGUAAAGCAUUGGAAGCGCUCUUCCGUCAAGAACAAAACAGAAGAAGAAGCUUUUCGAUUUGAUAUUCGACAAGGAUUAUUGUUGUCCGCUUCGUCUUGUAAUAGGAACUACUUCAAGCAAAUUUCAUAAUAUUCAAAUUGUUAGAAUAUUGUUUUGCUGUAUUAUAUUAAGUCACGAGUAUUUAAUAUAUAUUAUUGUAUUUGAGGCCUAUCAAGGGGCUGAUGACGACAAUUUUAAAAUUAUGGUUGUGAUAAACAGUAGCGAAAACCCAGCUUUGUCACCUUUUGAAUUCUAAUGCUGUGGCACUAUCAAAAGUUGUACGAGGGUAGGGGUGCAUCCAGAGGAAUCCAGAGUAGUUCAAGUGAUUUCCAGAAAUCACUCAAAUGUUUCUGAAUGGGUUGAAGUGCUCUCAGAAUGCUCUCUUAGGGGAGCAUGCGUCCAAACCUCCCUGGUUAAUUUGGUCCAAAUCACUCAUGUAAAACCCUGGACCCACCCCUGGAGGGACUAAAACAACUCUCGUAACUGAGACAUCGCGGGAAAAUUGUUUGUGGUUUAACCGAUCUCUCGUACUAGUUUGAUUACAUGCCAUGGGCUUUGAAUUCUGUGAGGUUUUCGCAUAAUAACUUGUUUUCUAUCUAUUUGCUGACGUUGCAUGGUUCCGUUGUUGAACUUGCCUUUCAAAUCAAGUGAGCCUGCGACUCACCAACGGUCAGUCAAAUUAUUUGUGGAUUUCCUCAUUGUGUUCGCUAGUGAUCAUAUGGAAACCUGCGAAGUCAGUCGCUAGUGUCAUUAAACAUAGAUCACCGUUACAGCAAUAAAAAUAACCCAAUCAUUUUCAUCAGACGAAAUAAUCUCAACGACGAAGCUCUCAACUGAGCCAAACAAAGGGUAAAAACACUCAGUGAGGAAAAUGUUAAGCUUGCAGAAAUUUAUUACUGGAGCAACAUUUAGGGUAUAUUUUAUUCCACUUGAUCUGCGAUCUGGUGUGGACAAAUUGCCGUGAAAUUGCGUAAUAUAGUUUUUAAAAGGGAUAUAUAUACUUUUUUUAAAAUGAGUCUUAAUAGAGAAGACGAUCUGAAAAUGUUUUAAGCUUUCCGCAGCACCCAUUGGUUACCUUACAGAAAGAACUGUUUUAAUGUUACUUUAUUAUGAUUUACUGACCACUCAGCUGUGUUAUAUUGGAAAUCCGCCAAUCUGAUUGAUCCCUCGUCGUUUCCUAUUCGCAAAUAGACAACGAUUGCGCUUGCACUGCUAUUGAAACUGAAAAUUAUUCUUAAUUUUAGACUUAUAAAAAAAAACGUAAUUGUAUUUUUUUUAAUUUUUUUUUUUUUUUUUUGAUGUAGUAUUUAGUGUGUCUACAAACAAUUUAACUACUCGUUCUAUAGUCACCUCGGGUACGCCCCCUUGGCUCAUAGAAAACUCGGGCUGAUACUCUCUUUGUUUUGAAAUAUUACACUGUUAUACACAACGGUUGUAUGAAAUAACUCAAAAUUGAUCUUUGCUAGCUUUUCUACUGCUUAGUCACAAUUCCCAGUAAUUAGAGUUGUGAGUUUUCCUUUGUUUUCUACUUUAAACCAAACCGGCAGCAAGGAAGUUCCAUUAGUUGCGUAGAGUUGAUGUCGAAAUAGCUUGGUUAAAACGUGUUAUUCUAUAGCGCUUGUCUGAGAUAUUCGAAGACAAGAGCUCCUUGUUUACAAAUGUUGUAAAUAUUAUCAGAAUUCAGAUAGCUUGCGUUAAUACACAAAAAAUUCGUCUUGGGAUUGUUGUAACUGAUAUUCAGGAAUAUUGGCCUAGAAUCAAGGAUAUGUAAACUUCAUAAACGUACAUUAGAGAUUCUAUUUGUUAAUUACCGAUGUGGGUUAUGAUAUUAAGCUGAUUUUGUUUAUAAUCAAUUCACACUACUGAUAUAGCUACUGAAUACAUUAUAUACCUUCUGAACUGUUUGGUAAGUUUUCGGAAUAAAUAUCUAUUGAUAACAGUUUUA